ACACUCAGACAACGGCUGACAGGAACAGUUUCUUCCAGUCAUGCCUAGGGGUCGUAACGUCUCUACAUCAGACUUAGUCGAGCGGUGCCGAGGAUACGUUGCACGACUACAGACUCGGCGGAAUGCCUUCAAAUCUCCAGAUGAACUACAUUCAUUAGUUAUCCAAUCCUUGACAUCACAGGAGGCGAAAGAGAAGAUUUUAUCAUUUCGUGACCAAGAAGCUCUUUGUUGUAUGGAAGAGAUUCUAAAAAUUUUGGAGGGUGAAUCGCAGCCAAUUUCUUCGCCGAAACUACUACACGAAUCGAGAUUUGAGUUGCGUCGCCUUCUUCUGCGUUUGUCCAAACAAUCUUCCAAAAUGCCGGAAUCCCUGUUCCUCUAUGGCAUAGAGUCCGCAGAGAAAUAUGCUGCCGCCGGCGGUGGAUACUCCGACAUCUUCCGUGCAACAGUGGGAAGCAACCCUGUAGCUCUAAAGAGAUUGCGUAUAUUUCAACAUUCAAGAGCCUUGGAAGAUACGUAUUCGGAUUUAUGUCGUGAAGCAUUGGUUUGGCAACAGCUCAAACACCCUUUCAUCCUCCCCUUCCUUGGCCUGGAACGCGAUAUUUUCAAGCCAUAUUAUUGUAUCGUUACUCCAUGGAUGCCUCUUGGGAACAUUAACCAAUUCAUUGAUGAAGAGUUGCAAAACGAUAGUAAGGAUCCGUUGCCCUUGGAACGAUGGCUUAUAGAAACAGCGAGGGGUUUACGUUACUUACAUGGCGAACAUGUUGUACAUGGCGACAUACGUGGGGCAAACAUCUUAAUAGGUUCUGAUAAACAUAUCCGCCUCGCUGAUUUCGGUAUGUCACACUUUGCGGAUUCAAGCUCUGCGAGCCUGGGUUCCUGCUCCGCAGGUGCAGUGAGAUGGGUGGCUCCCGAAGUGCUCCAAGGAGCAAGACUGUCCUAUGAAAAUGAUAUCUACGCGUACGGAUGUUUUUGGGUUGAAAUGUACACACGUCGGCGACCCUUUUUUGAUAUUCCACACGACUUUCAAGUUGUCGCUAGAAAGCUUGUCGAUGGUCAACCUGCAUGGCCAUCAAAGGCCGGCCAUCCCAGAAUAACACUCAACCCCAAUAACUGGGAGUUUGUGAAGUCCUGCUGGGCGGAUGACCCUUCGAAGCGACCUGCAGCCGCCGGGCUUGCAGCAUUAUGUCUAGCUCGACUCUAUGACACAACAGAUUCGACGGAACCCAUUUCUCAUGGUCAUGGCAUCUCUCGGCGGCGUAGUGAACCUUUUGGAAGACGAAGUCUUGCCCAUGACGUAUGUGACAACGUCUCCAUCGGCGACUCGCUCAAGUCUUCUCCUGGAGCGGCUAGACCUCUAGAAUCAUCAAUUCUAGCGAAUGCAUCCCCGCAUUUCAUUGGUGCGAUGAGCUCAAGUCCGUUCUCCUUUGUCUCGGGAGCUUUAUCUGGUCCCUCCAGGUGCUCUCCAUCAGAGAGUGCUACUUUUUUGCUUUACAUUCUUCUGCUCCAUUACAAAACCUCGCUUCUACUGACUUCUGAACUUUCGAACUUUUGAAAUUUUGGACUCUAGAAUAGGUUUCCUUUCGCUGUUUCAGUCACUGUUUACAGAUAUCCUCAAAUUUCGUUGGACUACGUUGCACUCCAAUGACAUGCUGCUCUCAGCUGCUGAC